CUCUUCACUUUGUUUCCUUGGAGAAUAGUCAUCGACCCAAGUGAGAAAUCUCAUAAUGACCGAUAUCAACGCAGCUGCAGAAGCGCCAGCGCGCAGUAUUCCCAAAAGGCCAGCACCGGCAGAGCACUUGAUGCUAAUUAAGGAAGCCGAAAAGAAAGAUAAGUGGGACUGCGAUAGCAUUACGAAAAAAUACUACCGGCUCCGAGCACAGGAGCUACCGGACUUUAAGGCAAAACUUGAAGAAAACCAUUGGAAGAAAUUGAAAAUGGAUGCAAGACGGAUCAAGAAUUGUCGUGCCCGAUUGGCGGAGUCCAAGAACAAAAGACUGCUCUUGGGUGAAGUUCAAGAGUCUUUCAUGCAGUGGCGACAGGAGCGCGAGGGCAAGGACGAGGCACGGUUGAAGUUCUCCGUCGACGAAAGGAGUCGACACUGCAAAGAAUUGAACAUCUCUGACGCAAACGACAUCCUUCAUGAGAACGACGACAAUCCAGAACAUGAAAUCAACGCCGGGUUUCUGUUUUUCCAGAAACAUGAAACGCGUUGGAAAAAGGCGACUUAUCACGGCAACGGCUUUGAUAAGCACGAGAAAUUUCCGGACCAAAAGCUCACCGUGCACCAAGCCCUAUACGACACGCAACCCAACCCAAUUUCUGAGACAAAGGCCGAGGAUGGCAGCCGGCUGUUGAAGUAUAUCCACCUGCCAGCGAAUCAUAUGGGCUGGGUUGAGCAAGCUAUAGCAAGACACUACGGCGAAGAUGUCGAGAAGAGUGAUAGGAAAUUGACUAAGCAGACACUGGCGCGAGAGUUUUGGCGAGGUCAGGUACAUGGAGGAGGGCUGGAGAAACACCAUGUACAUACUCGGCACUUGAGGACCCGCUGUUUAAGCAUUCCACUGGAUGCUGGCUCAAACGCAACCGCAGGAACAAGUUUCCAAUAUCAAGAACCUGAUCGGAGACGAAAGAAUUUCGCGAUAUAUCUACCCUAUCUCCAUUGGGAGAUGUACGGUCGAAAAGUGCGCAUGGCUGAAACAAUCCAAAAAGCCAUCGAAGCCAGCGGACAAGCUCCCGAUGCAGCUCGCAAGGUCAAACACUUGAAGAGUGAUAUCGUGAUGAAACUGAAGGCCAGAAUUCGUGAACAACACGGAAAGACAUUCCGGAAGGAUGAAAACACCAAUGCAGGCAAGAAAUCGUUGUGGGAUCAUGUUCAAGUUGAACCUCGCUUUGAGAACAAGUCAAAACUCGGCAUAUUCCUGUUGAAAGUGGCAAGGUUGUGGGAAGCCAUGGACACCGAGGCUGAGGAAAGGCUCUUGAUGCGCGGACUAGUCCCUCAAAGGGUCGACGAGGAAACGACGCGAGAGCCUGCCUUGCAUAUUCGACGAACAUUGGACCAGUCUUACUUUCUGAACCUCGAGGAUACAUCCGAAAGAGACAGUGACCAGGUUGUCUAUCGUGCAACUAGGCUCCCGUGGCACAUUCCGGGCAAUCUUACCCGUGUUGUGAUGGUGGAUCAGUUAUGGUUAUGGAUUCUCGAUGAUUACACAAUAAUCACCGCAUUUCCGCGACGCUGGGGAAGAAACAAGCCUGAUUCGUCUGGGAUCCAUAAGAGCCUUCGAAACAGGCUCGACAAAAUGGAUGGUGAGGUGACUUCAGUGUGGCAUCUUGCGACUAUCAUCAUCGAUCAAUGCUCAAGGGUCUUUUUUGACCGGACAAAGCCCCUGGAUCUGAGACCAGAGGUUAUGGACUUGUUCGCAGAGUCUCUCAACAAUGUGAACGAACGCACCACAAUUGCCUUUCAAAGCUUUUGGGCCCACGCUGGUUCACUAAAAAGGGGCGAGGGGCGACCGAGUCCCAGAUACCUUUCUAUCAACCCUGAGGGAGUCCUGCUUCGCGAAGCCCAGGAUAUUGCUGAAGAAUUACGCAUGAUGACUCGAAUCUACGUGCAGCAGCUCGGCGCUGUGGAGGAGUUCCGCAAUUCUUUACUUCGUUGGAACAGACAACGUGGGAUUCAGCACCACAGGAGUUCAAGCGAUGCCGCGAACAGCUCACAACGUGACUCAUCGAUGGAUAUUGAAAUCAUAGAAGAGACGAUGGAACAUAUCAGGGCAAGGAAGGCGGAAAUCGAGGAGUUGGCUUCUGCAGCCGAAAGAAGCUGUCAGAACUUGCAAGGUCUUUUGGCUCUCAAACAGCAGCAAGCUAGCAUUGUUGAAGCUCAAGCCGCUCUGGAGAGAGCGGACCACGGCGUGAGACAACAGAAACUCAGCAUUAAACUCAGCGAACAGAGUUACGAGCAGGGAAAGUCAAUCAUGGCAUUCACGAUUAUGACGAUCAUUUUCACACCACUGGGAUUCUUCACGUCUUUCUUCGGUAUGAACAAUUCUUCAACGGGCCAAGAAUGGAUGCCUCUAUGGCAGCAAAUUGUCACAAUGCUUUGCAUUUCUGCUUUUAUCAUCUUGAUCUUUCUGGUUGCAGCCUUUAAGAAAAGCGUUCGACACCCGGUCAAGACUGCAAGAACGUUGCUGGCAGCUCGCCAUUGCACCGAAGAAGGGCGACCAUGUGUCACUGAAAGUGUUUCAAGCUUGAAUCAGCGACCAAAUCCAGCAGCAAACGCGUCGUUCGGGGGGAGCCCGCGGACAUUCCGCACUGCGCAUCCAUCAGAGCCGCUCAACCCAGUCGAAGAUCGUUUAGCAAGCAACGGCAGCUGGAGAAGGGCGAGUCGAUUGUAUGAUAGCAAAGUUUAACCUUGCCUACUGAUCAAGAUAAGGCGGACAACCUUGCCUUGCGGGAAAGGAGAUCGACAUUCUUAUUAACUUAGUCACCAUAUGUUUUUUAAGCGCUGUCCUGAGCGUUUACCACCAUAUGAAGGCGCCAUGUAUGUCCUCGGACAUACCUAGGUAUAUGGAAUAGAAGCUAAACCAGUUAAAUAUUAAUAUUACUUCAAUGUUGUUAUGUUUUAA